CUCCAGAGAAAAUCUCAAAACCAACGGCUAAACCAACCAAAACUCCUGACACCGUGGGCCGACCCUUACCUUAUCACAUCAUUCAUUCGUUCAUUCAACUUUCAACUCUUUCCAAAUCAUCCCUUCUUCCACACUCUUUAUAUUUAAAAGUCAUUACACCAAACCUCAGACUUCAAUUGUGUCUACGUUUCUGCAAAAUCAUCGGUACCAAAAUUUUGCAAUGCCACUACCAACAGCCAUUCUCUCUGUUUCUUCGUCUUCUCUUUCUUUCUUCCCGCUUUUUUCUUACUCUUUUUCCAACAAACCCCUAUUUGGCUUCUACUCUUCCCCUACCCUCAAUCCCACCAGGCCUUAUCCCAAUCACUCAAUUCGCAAACUCAUGACAACCUCCGCCGUUUCCAUCCAGAAAGAAACUAUAAUCUCCGAGCGCCCCCACACUUUCCUUCGUGAAACUGACGGCCAAGAUGACGGCUCGGUCAGGUCGCGUUUCCAGCGCAUGAUAAUGGACGUGCAGGAAAGCGUGUGCGGUGCACUGGAGGCUCUCGACGGAGCCGGGAAGUUCAAGGAGGACGCUUGGACCAGGCCUGGCGGCGGUGGGGGAAUUAGUAGAGUCUUGCAAAACGGUGCCGUUUUCGAAAAGGCUGGUGUUAAUAUCUCUGUUGUUUAUGGAGUUAUGCCCCCUGAAGCCUAUCGAGCUGCCAAGGCUUCUGCCACUGAUGAGAAGCUCGGUCCCGUUCCCUUUUUCGCCGCUGGGAUCAGCUCGGUUUUGCAUCCGAAGAAUCCUUUUGCCCCUACAUUGCAUUUUAAUUAUAGGUAUUUUGAAACUGAUGCUCCUAAAGAUGCUCCCGGAGCACCUAGGCAAUGGUGGUUUGGUGGUGGAACUGAUUUGACUCCAGCUUACAUCUUUGAAGAGGAUGUCAAGCACUUCCAUUCAAUGCAAAAAAGCGCCUGUGACAAAUUUGAUCCAUCCUUUUAUCCUCGAUUCAAAAAAUGGUGUGAUGACUAUUUCUACAUUAAGCAUCGAGGUGAGAGACGAGGGCUUGGGGGAAUAUUUUUUGAUGAUCUAAAUGACUAUGAUCAAGAGAUGCUUCUUUCAUUUGCAACUGAGUGUGCAAAUUCAGUGGUUCCUGCAUACAUACCCAUUGUAGAGAAAAGGAAGGAUACACCAUUCAAUGAAAGCAACAAGGCAUGGCAACAGUUGCGAAGGGGCCGCUAUGUAGAAUUCAACUUGGUCUAUGAUCGAGGUACAACAUUUGGACUGAAGACAGGAGGUCGAAUUGAAAGUAUUCUUGUUUCUCUCCCUUUAUCUGCACGAUGGGAAUAUGAUCAUAAACCAGAAGAGGGAACUGAAGAGUGGAAAUUAUUAGAUGCUUGCAUCAAUCCGAAGGAAUGGAUCUGAUCCUUAGCAUCAACCCUGAGGGAUGGAUCUCAUACUUACUGGUUUAGUUUCUUUGCAUCGUUUGGAAAUUUCCCACUGGUUCCCAUAUUUUUCAGAUUUUUUUUUUCUAUGGAGUGUUUUCCUGCGGCAGAAGUUGUAAGUUAGAUUUGUGGUUUGAUCGUAUUAAGGUGAUAGGGGACUCUAGCUGUAAAUCAUGUGAAAGUGGUUCUAUAAUUAUUCCUGUAAUACACAUUGUUUAGAGGCCAACAUUUCUAAUAAUAUUAUGAAUCUGUUAAGAUCUC